UCAGCCUAGCGGGGAACACCAUGCCGAGUCCUCAUCAGGUCACCUCCUUAGCAGCUUCAUCAAUUCUUGGUACUUCUCAGACUCCACUCUAGUCCUUCCAUUAUGUCCUACAGAAGCUGCUUAAGUGAGAAAUUUAAUGGGAGGAAAUUUUCUCGGUGGUAGUUUGUCUUAAAAUGUUUUUAUUUUUUCUCUGGUUCUAGCAAAUUAGUUCUGUUGUUUACACAGUUAUAAGAUGACAUAUAUUUUCUUAGCCAUUUAGGACUAUGAAUCCUCUGUCUACUAUUAUUGUUUUUACCAAAUCCUCUGUCAGUCUAAACCUUAUCCUAUGUAGGUAAUCCAUCUUUUCUCUCUGGCACUUUUUUUUCUUAAUCUUUGGUGAUCUGCAGUUUGAUUGCAAUGUCUCUAAGUAUAGAGUCACGUUUCUGUUAUUUUUUUAAUCCUAUUUGGAAUUUGUAAGUCUUCAUAAAUCUGAGGAUUCCAUGUCCUUCAUCAGUUCCAGAAAGUGCUCAAUCGUUAUCUUUACCCAAAAGUGUUUAAAAGGAGAUGUCAGUCUCUGUGAAAAUUAAUUCUUUUUGCACCAAUCUCUGUGAGACUCAUGAAGAAAAUUAAAUUGAGACAAUGCUCCAUGGAACUUGAAGGACAUUCCAGUUGAUCCUGAAGGGUUCUGUGCUUAUGGACACGUGGACUUCUAUUCAUUGAAUUUAACUAACUGCCAGGAGUUUGGAUUCUGACUUCCAACAAUGGAUCAUCUAUAAAAACUGAACCACCCUUUAAAAGCAGUGAUGAAUUAAUUAGAACCUUAGAAACCAAAGGAAAAUUGGAAAAAAAAAAAAAAAACAGGAAAAGAGAAUUCAAUGUUGAAAACAAACUACAAAAGACUAUUUUUCCUGUUCCUACAUUCUAAGAAUUAAUGUUAUUGCCACCUUAAGAAGAAACAAUGAACAGCACAUGCAUUGAAGAACAGCACGACCUGGAACACUAUCUGUUUCCAAUUGUUUACAUCUUUGUGAUCAUAGUCAGUAUCCCAGCCAAUAUCGGGUCCCUGUGUGUGUCCUUUCUGCAAGCAAAGAAGGAAAACGAGUUAGGGAUUUACCUCUUCAGCUUAUCUCUGUCGGAUUUGCUGUAUGCAUUAACUCUCCCCCUGUGGAUUGAUUACACUUGGAAUAAAGACAACUGGACUUUCUCACCUGCCUUGUGCAAAGGGAGUGCCUUCUGUAUGUACAUGAACUUCUACAGCAGUACAGGCUUCCUCACCUGCAUUGCUGUGGAUCGGUAUUUAGCCGUGGUCUACCCUUUGAAGUUCUCCUUUUUCAGGACGAGAAGAUUCGCCUUCAUGGUCAGCCUCUCUAUCUGGGUGUUGGAAUCUAUCUUUAAUGCUGUCAUUUUGUGGGAAGAUGAAACAACCAUCGAAUAUUGUGAUGCCAGAAGGUCUAAUUUUACCUUAUGUUAUGACAAAUACCCUCUGGAGAAGUGGCAGAUCAACCUCAACCUGUUCAGGACCUGCACGGGCUACGCGGUACCCUUGGUCAUCAUCGUGAUUUGCAACCAGAAAGUCUAUCAGGCUGUGAGGCACAAUCAAGCCACAGAAAACCAGGAAAAGAUACGAAUCAUUAAACUGCUGGUCAGCAUCACUCUGACUUUCGUCCUCUGUUUCACUCCCUUUCACGUGAUGCUGCUGGUUCGCUGCAUUUUAGAGCGGGACAUGAACCUGGAGGACAAGUCCGGGAGGCAGACGUACACAAUGUACAGGAUCUCCGUGGCCCUGACGAGUCUGAACUGCGUGGCCGACCCGAUUCUGUACUGCUUUGUAACCGAAACGGGAAGGUCCGAUAUGUGGAACAUAUUGAAAUUCUGUACUGGGACCCGCAAUAAAUCACAAAGGCAAGGGAAAUGCACACUUUCUGUGUCUACAAAAGACACUGUGGAAUUAGAGGUCCUGGAAUAGAACGAAGGAUGGGGUACAGGAGGUCACUGUGUCCAGAUCACCUUUUGUAAAGGGAAGUGCAGCCUGGGAGGCGACAGGUGUCCUCAGUGAAGAUUUUAAUCCUGUCCAAUGGAAACAUUAAAAAGCACAUUGUACAUCUCCCUGCCUGCCUUUUAUUAAAUGAGAUGGAUUAAA